UUAAAAGAAGAAAACUAAAAACGAAAUUGUUAUCGAACGGAGUCCUAAUAAUUUAAACUUCUCAUUGUCUUUGGGAGUAUCUAGCAUGGGGUGUGAUUUGCGAAAGCUUCUCAAAAAAUUAGUGGUGUCAUUAAAUACCCCAUUACCAAAAGGAAAAUUUUAGGAAAAUUUUAGAUGAGAAACUAUGAUGAGAUGACAUGCAAUAGAUGAGAAAUCUUGUUGAUUUUAUCUUAGGCGAUGAGACAGUCAGAGUUGUGGUCAAGGUAUCAAUUUUCCUGCUGUUGCCAGCGAUGUAGUAUGAAGCCCCAAACUUAUGUGGACCUUGCUUUGCAAGAAAUUUCUGCCUUUAAAGUUAGUUUGUUUGAUUCAACUUCCAUUAGCAACUUCUAUGACGACAAUGCAGUGAGAAGAAUAACUGAUUAUGUCGAUGAUGCAAUUUCGGAUUACCUUUCCAUUGGUUCUCCUGAAUCUUGUUGCGAGAAGCUGGAAAACGUGCUUACUUCAGGUUUCAGUGAAGAUCAAGCAAAAUAUGAGGAAGGAAAACCGCUGCUUAAUUUGAGGCUGCAUCCUUUGCACUACUUGUCACUGAAUGCAUACACUGCUCUGGCCUCGGCUUAUAAAGUGCGAUCGAGUGAUUUAUUGGCUUUAGAUUCCAAAAUAGACGAUGACGAUGAAAAUCUACGUAAUGCAUCGACCAUGAGCAGAACAAGUGCAGCAUACUCCUUGUUCCUUGCAGGUGCUACUCACCAUCUUUUUCUUUCUGAACCAUCUUUGAUUGCGUCUGCUGCUAAUUGUUGGGUUGUUGCUGGAGAGUCUAUGCUUAUUCUUUGUAGAAGCAGCUCAUUUUGGGCUGCUGACAUUUCAAAGUGGAGUUUCCCUAUGGAUAAAAGAAUGUGUUCUAAAUGCACAUGGGUCAAUAGCUUCAAUUCUAGUCGAAUUCACGGUCGAGAUGUCGAUUUUCACGGCAUCUCAAUCGGUACUUUUAGUUGCAUUGCUAAUAUUUCUCAAAGAUGUUGGAGCUUUCUGACUCAUGGUUGCCCAUAUUUGAAGGCUUUCACAGACCCUUUUGAUUUCAGCUGGCCUAAGACGACCCCAUCGCAUUCGAGCAUCAAUCGCUCAGGUGCGUGUCGGAAAACUAAAGAUAUUAUUUGUCAGUGUGAAACUCAGGUGCAUUCUAACGAAGAGAGGCAAUGGAUCUUUGAGCUUGGAAUGCAUUGCUUAUUCUAUGGGGCCUAUUUAGCAAGUUUGUGUUAUGGACACCAUUCCCAUUUGGCAUCUCAGAUUCAGAAUAUUUUGGACGAGAUGAAAUGAUUUAAUGCUAAUCCAAUAAGAUUGUAAAUUGUUAUGAGAUUGAAACUUUGUAUAGACUCCUGCAGUUGUAUGAAAUCAGGAUUUUAGUUUCUGUAUUCGAACAUGGUUUUGUAGGACCAAUGAGGAAGAAUUAAAUGGAUUUAAUUUUCGACUUGUUUUUGGAUCA